GCCAUAUCUAACAAAAACUACGCCCUAAUGGCAUACACUAUCUUUAACUAAACAAAAUUUCUUAGUUCAAACAAAUUAAUUGGUAGAUAAUUCGUUAUUAGACUAACAGUAGUUGUACGAAAAUGGAUACAGAAAAAGUUGAAUCGAAAAAUGAAAAUCCAAAAAAAGACGCAGGUUUUAUCAAUAAACUAUUUUUCGGAUGGAUGAUAUCGUUGAUAAGAAAACGAAGAGAAAUUAACCUAGAAUUGCACGAUUUUUAUAAUGUUUUCGACGAAGACGAUUCGAAGGUAUUGGGAAAUCGUUUACAAAAAAACUGGAAAUCGGAAAUCGUCAAAAGUCAACAAUCGAAAAGAAAACCCAGUUUAUUGAAAGCUAUCGUCAAAACUUUCCUAUUCGAGGUUAUGUUCUACGGAAUUUUCUGGUUCUUUUCCAACGUUUUAAUACGAUGUACUCAACCUUUGAUCUUGGCGCGUCUCAUUUCUUUAUUUGGGGAAGAAUUUAACGAAAAAAACACCGAAAAAAUGUAUUUUUACAGCACCAUGUUGAUAGUAACGUCAAUUUUGACAGCUUUUAUGUCAAAUCAUAUCGAGCUCGGGCUGUCAGCGAUCGGUAUGAGGAUUCGAAUAGCGUGUAGUAGUUUGUUAUAUCGAAAAAUGAUUAGAUUGGAUUUUAAAUCGUUAGAAGUAGCGGCAGUCGAUCGAGUUGUUGAUUUACUAUCGAAUGACGUUAAUCGAUUCGAUUUCGUGAUUAACUCGAUACAUUCAUUUUGGACUAUCCCUGUACAAAUUUUGGUUUUGACUUAUUUCGUUUGGGAACAAGUGGGGUUUUCAUGUUUGGCCGGCGUUGCGACCAUGAUAAUCAUUACUUUAACUUUACAAGGCUUUGUAUCAAAACUUAUGGGUAAGCUAAGAUCGAAAAUUUCGCAAAGAACCGAUGAAAGAUUGAAAUUAAUGACGGAAAUAAUAUCGGGGAUACAACUAAUCAAGAUAAACGGUUGGGAAAAACGUUUCGAAGCGCUGGUGGACUGCGCAAGAAAGAAGGAAAUGAUCGCGAUCACUGCCGCGUCAUAUUUGAGAGGGGUAGUUUCCAGCUGUUUCGUUUUUCUAGAAAAAACGGCUCUGGCUCUAACCGUCAUAUGUUACGUUGGCUCAGGCCACCGAAUAACCGCGGAAAAAGUAUUUUCCAUUGCUCAAGCGUACGGUAUUCUCCACAUAUCUUUGUCAGUUCUGCUCCCCGAGGCGAUGACCCGCCGUUCCGAAACGUCGACAUCCGUCGAACGUCUCCGAGAUUUUUUGCUUCUGGACGAAAAACCCCACGGCGCCAUCGAACCAAUGAUCAAAACCGGGAUCAUCGUGACCGAAGUAGACGCGUCGUGGACUAACCAAACCAAGACUCUGACGGAUCUAUCCGUACAAAUCCCACGGGGGUGUCUGUGCGCCGUAAUAGGCCCGACCGGUGCUGGAAAAUCUUCUCUAUUACACCUUCUUCUAGGGGAGCUGGCCGCCAAAUCGGGAAGGAUCCAAUUGGGGGGACACGUAUCGUAUUGCUCCCAAGAAGCUUGGUUGUCGAAUUCGACGGUUCGCGGCAACAUUACGUUCGGAAAUCCAUACGACGAACGUUGCUACGAUAAAAUCGUCAAAGUUUGCGACCUGGGGGUGGAUUUCGAACGUCUACCUCGAGGGGAUCGAACAGUUUGCGACGAACGAGGAGGAGUGUCUUUGAGCGGAGGACAACGCGCGAAGAUCCAUUUAGCUAGAGCCGUUUACAAACAAGCGGAUAUCUACUUAUUGGACGAUCCUCUAUCGGCCGUUGAUGCUCGAGUUGGAAAAUUGUUGUUCGAAGAAUGUAUUUUGAAAUAUUUGAAAGGGAAAACGAGAAUUUUAGUGACGCGUCAACUGGAACAUUUGAAGGCGGCCGAUUUCGUCGUGGUGCUUAACGAAGGAAAAAUCGAAGCGACGGGAACUUUCCGAGAACUAUGCAAAAGUAAAAUAGAUUUCACUGAAAUGUUAGUUAAAAAAAACGCAAAGUCGGAAAAAUAUGAAAAACCAACGGAAAUUGAAGUUACUACUAACUUUCCAAGCAACAAAAAUUUUAUAUCUAAGAGUAAAAAUAAAUAUUACCACGGAAAAUCUCGUUUAAAACCAUAUAAUGGUGAAGAUGUCGUAAAUAAUGGCGGUGUUAAUGAGGCUGAUAUCGUAAAAAAUAAGAAAGAUGUCGUAAAACAUGUAGAAGAUGUAGUAAAUAACGGUAACAUUGUAAAAUAUAAGGCAGAUAUCGUAAAACAUGAAAAUGACGCUGUAAAACGAAAGGAAGAUGUAGUAAAACAAAAGGAAGAUGUAGUAAAACAUGUAGAAGAUGUAGUAAAUAACGGUAACAUUGUAAAAUAUAAGGCAGAUAUCGUAAAACAUGAAAACGACGCUGUAAAACGAAAGGAAGAUGUAGUAAAACAAAAGGAAGAUGUAGUAAAUAACGGUAACAUUGUAAAAUAUAAGGCAGAUAUCGUAAAACAUGAAAAUGACGCUGUAAAACGAAAGGAAGAUGUAGUAAAACAAAAGGAAGAUGUAGUAAAACAUGUAGAAGAUGUAGUAAAUAACGGUAACAUUGUAAAAUAUAAGGCAGAUAUCGUAAAACAUGAAAACGACGCUGUAAAACGAAAGGAAGAUGUAGUAAAACAAAAGGAAGAUGUAGUAAAUAACGGUAACAUUGUAAAAUAUAAGGCAGAUAUCGUAAAACAUGAAAAUGACGCUGUAAAACGAAAGGAAGAUGUAGUAAAACAAAAGGAAGAUGUAGUAAAACAUGUAGAAGAUGUAGUAAAUAACGGUAACAUUGUAAAAUAUAAGGCAGAUAUCGUAAAACAUGAAAACGACGCUGUAAAACGAAAGGAAGAUGUAGUAAAACAAAAGGAAGAUGUAGUAAAUAACGGUAUCAUAGUAAAAUAUAAGGCAGAUAUCGUAAAACAUAGAGAAGAUAUCGUAAAACAUAGAGAAGAUAUUGUAAAACAUGAAAACGACAUCGUAAAACAAAAGGAAGAUGUAGUAAAUAACGGUAACAUAGUAAAAUAUAAGGCAGAUAUUGUAAAACAUAGAGAAGAUAUCGUAAAACAUGAAAACGACAUCGUAAAACAAAAGGAAGAUGUAGUAAAUAACGGUAAUAUGGUAAAAUAUAAGGCAGAUAUCGUAAAACAUAAAAUAGACGUCGUAAAUAAGAGUAACAUGGGAAAAGACAAAGCAGAUUUGGUAAAACAUAGAGAAGAUAUCGUAAAACAUAAAAACGACAUCGUAAAACAAAAGGAAGUUAUAGUAAAUAACGGUAACGUGGUAAAAGAUAAAGCAGAUAUCGUAAAACAUAGAGAAGAUAUCGUAAAACAUAGAGAAGAUAUCGUAAAACAUAAAAACGACAUCGUAAAACAAAAGGAAGUUGUAGUAAAUAACGGUAAUAUGGUAGAAGAUAAGGCAGAUAUCGUAAAACAUGAGGAAGAUAUCGUAAAAUGUAAGGAAGAUGUAGAAAAUAGCAAUGAUAUAGUAGAAGAUAAGGCCGAUAAGGUAAAACAUAAGGAAGAUAUCGUAAAAAAUAAGGAAGAUAUGGCAAAUAACGGUAAUAUAAUAAAAGAUAAGGCAGAUAUUGUAAAAUAUGAGGAAGAUGUCGUAGAAGAUAAGGAAGAUAUCGUAAAAAAUAAGGAAGAUGUGGCAAAUAAUGGUAAUAUAAAAAAAGAUAAGGCAGAUGUUGUAAAAUAUGAGGAAGAUAUCGUAGAAGAUAAGGAAGAUAUCGUAAAAAAUAAGAAAGAUAUGGCAAAUAAUGGUAAUAUAAUGAAAGAUAACAAUGAUAUAGUGAAUAAUGAUGAAGAUGGUCUCCUAAAUGAUUAUAAUAAAAAUAAAGGCAAGAAUUAUCUACUUAAAAAGUACGUUUUAGCUGCUAAGCGUGUUGAAAUCGCCAUUGUUACUUUACUCCUGUUCUUAUUGACGCAAAUAUUAAGCUCAGGUGUGGAUCUGUGGGUUACAUUCUGGACGUCGCAAGAGGAGCUAAGACAUCAAAAUACAUCGAUAACGUUGAACGUAUCUUCCUCGAUGUCCCGUUACCAUCCCGAAGAAUACGCGGUGCGAGUUUUUUACGUGAACGGCAAACAUUCGAUGGGCAAAUACGGUUACAGCUACCAAGAAACGAUUCCGGUGUUAAAAACAACCGCGUCUCGUGCAUCAGACGGUGUUUUCGAUACGGUGGAAAUAAACGGGGUGGCGCACAAUUUAGUCAAGACUAAUUUAGCCGCGAUUCUGUACGCUCUUCUGAUGAUUAUGGUCAUCGUGUUAACUUUGGUUAGAUCGUGGUUGUUCUUCAAAGUUUGUAUGAUGUCAUCGGUGAAUAUGCACAAGGAGAUGUUCGAUUCUCUGAUGGAAGCUCCCUUGGAAUUUUUCGAUACCGAUUUUAGCGUAAAAACCAUCGACGAAUCUUCCAAAGAUACUGGGUCUACAAAAGAGGUUAUGUCCAAAGUUUCUAUGACAUCUCAACAGACGACUUUUAGCAACAGCAGUAAACCUGGUAGUUUUUCCAAAGAAUCUGGGUCUUUUAAUGGGGUUUUGUCCAAGGUUUCGAUGGGUUCACAACAGACGACUUUUAGCAACAGCAGAAACCCUGGUAGUUCUUCAAUAGAAACUGGGUCUUUUAAUGGGGUUUUGUCCAAGGUUUCGAUGGGUUCACCACAGACGACUUUUAGCAACAGCAGUAAACCUGGUAGGUUUUCAAAAGAAACUGGGUCUUUUAAUGGGGUUUUGUCCAAGGUUUCGAUGGGUUCACAACAGACGACUUUUAGCAACAGCAGAAACCCUGGUAGUUCUUCAAUAGAAACUGGGUCUUUUAAUGGGGUUUUGUCCAAGGUUUCGAUGGGUUCUCAACAGACGACUUUUAGCAACAGCAGUAAACCUGGUAGGUUUUCAAAAGAAACUGGGUCUUUUAAUGGGGUUUUGUCCAAGGUUUCGAUGGGUUCACAACAGACGACUUUUAGCAACAGCAGUAAACCUGGUAGGUUUUCAAAAGAAUCUGGGUCUUUUAAUGGGGUUUUGUCCAAGGUUUCGAUGGGUUCUCAACAGACGACUUUUAGCAACAGCAGUAAACCUGGUAGGUUUUCAAAAGAAACUGGGUCUUUUAAUGGGGUUUUGUCCAAGGUUUCGAUGGGUUCACAACAGACGACUUUUAGCAACAGCAGUAAACCUGGUAGGUUUUCAAAAGAAUCUGGGUCUUUUAAUGGGGUUUUGUCCAAGGUUUCGAUGGGUUCUCAACAGACGACUUUUAGCAACAGCAGUAAACCUGGUAGGUUUUCAAAAGAAACUGGGUCUUUUAAUGGGGUUUUGUCCAAGGUUUCGAUGGGUUCACAACAGACGACUUUUAGCAACAGCAGUAAACCUGGUAGGUUUUCAAAAGAAACUGGGUCUUUUAAUGGGGUUUUGUCCAAGGUUUCGAUGGGUUCUCAACAGACGACUUUUAGCAACAGCAGUAAACCUGGUAGGUUUUCAAAAGAAACUGGGUCUUUUAAUGGGGUUUUGUCCAAGGUUUCGAUGGGUUCUCAACAGACGACUUUUAGCAACAGCAGUAAACCUGGUAGGUUUUCAAAAGAAACUGGGUCUUUUAAUGGGGUUUUGUCCAAGGUUUCGAUGGGUUCACAACAGAUUAGUAAUAAGAGCGAAGAAAUACUCAAUAGAUUCUCCAAAGAUACCGGAUCUGUUGAUGAAGUUUUACCUAGAGUUUUGAUGGAUUCAAUACAAGUUAUGUUAACUUUGGGAGGAAUUUUCGUCAAUCUAUUAUAUUCCAACCCUUAUUACAUUGUUGCUACGCUUCUACUGGGAACUGUUUUUGUAAAAUUCGGAAAUUUAUAUACGUCCACCGCCGAAAUAUUUAAACGUCUAGAAAAAAAAACAAAAUCCCCCAUGAUUUCCCACAUAACCUCUUCCAUUAAUGGGAUCGUUACCAUAAGAGCCUCAAAAGCAGAAUCUAUGCUAACAGAUAAAUUCGACGUACAUCAAAACCUCCAUACAUCUGCUUCGUAUUUGAAGAUAUCGAGCGUUUCCGCUUUCGGACUUUGGCUCGACCUAAUUUGCGUCAUACAACUCACAGUCAUCAUUUUGAGUUUCCUGAUAUUACAUAAAUAUACGGAUGUCAACGGAAGCUUGGUGGGUCUGGCGAUUUCUCAAUCGAUGAUUUUGGGGGCGGCGUUGCGAUACGGCUUAAAUCGAACAGCUGAAGCUAAAAAUCGAUUAACGAGUGUCGAAAAGGUCCUCCAGUACACCGAAAUCAAAAACGAAAAACCGUCCGAAACCGAAAAAGAAUUUUUUCCUCCCGAAUCCUGGCCUGGAAAAGGGAAAAUUGAAUUUAGAAACAUAUUUUUGAAAUGUUCGGAUGACGAUUUGGGGGUGUUACGGAAUAUCAACUUUACGAUAUUACCAGGGGAGAAGAUCGGUAUUGUCGGACGAACCGGAGCGGGUAAAACCUCCUUAAUAUCAGUUUUAUUUCGAUUGGUUCGUUUCGACGGUUCCGUUUUAAUAGAUGACGUCGAUACCAAACAAAUCGGACGGGAAUUUAUAAGAAAAAAAAUUUCUAUCAUACCCCGAGAACCUAUUUUAUUUUCGUCGACGAUAAGAUAUAAUUUGGACCCUUAUAACGAAUAUAACGAUGAGGAAAUGUGGAAAGCACUCGAACAGGUCGAAUUGAGUAAUUGCGUAAGCUCUUUGGAUCUUAAAGUUUCCGAUGAUGGAAGUAACUUUAAUUUAGGACAGAAGCAGUUGAUCUAUUUAGCCAGAGCUUUAUUGAGAAACAACAAAAUUUUGAUUCUGGACGAAGCUACUGCUAAUGUCGAUCACAGAACCGACGCUUUAAUACAAGCUACUAUACGCAACCGAUUCAAAAAUUGUACAGUCAUAACUAUAGCUCAUAGAUUAAACACCAUCAUGGAAUAUAAUAAAGUAAUGGUAAUGAGUGAUGGUAAAUUGGUCGAAAUCGGUCAUCCUCAUCAUUUGUUAGAUAACAAUAAAGGACAUUUUCAUAAAUUGGUUUUGGAAACGGGUCCGGAAAUGUCGUCCAAGUUAAAGGAAGUUGCUAUGAUGACUUAUUAUGAAGAUUAUACACAUUGUUUUUAUAUUAAGUGAUUUUACUGUUUUAAUCAUUAAAUAAAUAAUUAGAAAUA